UUUUACAACGGAAUUUAGUGCUGAUUUUACUAAUCAAGCUCGCCAAAUCGUCAUUUAUUUUUUCUUAAACUUGCAUCAUUUUUACAUAUUUUUCAGUAUUUCAAGACGAAAGAAAAGAAUAAUACCACAAAAAUUGAAAGAAAUAAAGGCAUGGAAGCUGAGGCAGCAGAUCAGGGCUCGGUUGCUGUGAAGCCGGAAAAAAGUUCUUCACAAAAACCUGGGAAAUCACAAGGAAAAUCUCAAGAGUCGAGCAAGAAAAAAGAAAAUCAGGCUAGUGCACAGAAGUCUGAAAAGAAUAAAGAAGAAUCAGUUGGAAAAGCAUCAAAACAACAAUCAACACCCAAAGGAGCUAAGCAGGGUAUUGAAUCUAAGCAAGGUAAUGAAUCAAAGGAAGGAAGUGUGGCUAGCAGUGGUGAUGGCAGUCAACAACUUAGUAAAGCUCAACUUAAAGCUAUGAGAAGAGAAAAACAGGAAGCACAAAGGGCAGCAAAGAAUAAAGCCAAAGAUGAGAAGACCACAGCUGCUGCCCAGAAGAAAGAGCAAGCUGUGCGUGUACCAGACAAUGUUAAGGCAGAUGUUCCAGAAACACAGAAACGUGUUGCAAAAAAGCUUGAGAAACAACAAAUUCCAAAAAGAACGUCGGCACAGAGGAAAGUCCGCCUGUUUAAUCAUCUACAGCAGUAUGAAAGGGAAGUUUCUCUUACACAGUCACUACAAUUUUCAAGUGGGGGAAUUCAUCCAGCAAUUAUACGUUUAGGUCUACAGUAUGCUGAGGGAGUUAUCAGUGGAUCAAAUGCAAGAUGUAUAGCUCUCUUAGCAGCUCUCAAAAUGGUUAUAAAUGACUAUAGUACACCUCCAAAAGAAGAGCUGUGUAGAGAUCUGGGAACUAAAAUCAAACCAUACAUAAGUUUCCUUAACCAGUGUCGCCCACUGUCUGUGAGUAUGGGAAAUGCUAUCAAGUAUGUAAAGUGGCAUAUAGCACACACAUCUGGUACUCUGACUGAUAGAGAGGCUAAGCAGCAGCUGUAUGAUGUGAUAGAUGAUUUUCUAAGGGAGAGAAUCAUACUGGCAGCCCAAGCCAUUUCUACAGAAGCUUCGUCUAAAAUAUCUGACGGGGAUGUCAUUCUAGUCUAUUCAUGUUCAUCAUUAGUAAGAAGAAUACUAUGUGAUGCGCAUAAACAAGGGAAACAAUUCAGGGUGAUAGUUGCUGACAGUCGACCUAAAAUGGAGGGUAAAGAAUGUUUGCGAAGAUUGGUGAAAGAAGGAAUUAAAUGUUCAUAUGUUCUUAUAAAUGCUGUCUCUUAUGUCAUGUCUGAGGCAACCAAAGUUUUCCUUGGUGCUCAUGGUCUACUGGCCAAUGGUUUUGUGAUGUCGAGAGUUGGUAGUGGUCUAGUAUCACUGAUAGCUAAGGCCAGUAAUGUACCAGUACUGGUAUGUUGUGAGACGUACAAAUUCUGUGAACGAGUACAGACAGACUCUUUUGUAUUUAAUGAAUUAGGUGAUCCAGAUGACAUUGUUGAUAUUGGGAAAUCAGCGCCGUAUCUGUGGGACUGGAGAGAUUAUAAUUCAUUGACAUUGCUUAAUCUCGUGUUUGACUUUACCCCACCCGAGUUUGUCUCCAUGGUGAUCACAGAGCUCGGAAUGAUUCCCUGCACGUCGGUUCCCGUGGUUCUCAGAAUGAGGCAGGCCGAGACAAAUGAAACUUAAAUAAAGGUGCAAGAUAUAUCCGAAAUUUAAAAUAUGCGAAAAUAAAUCAGUGUUGUAAUAAAAAAAGAUCAGUUGUGACACAGGUUGCGGAACUUUUAUUAAGUGCUAAAUAUAAAAUGACAUAAUUUGUGACAUUAAAUGCUAAAUGAAAAUUAAUUCCAGAAGCAGGCUGUGAGUUUAAGUUCUUAAUAUGUAAAAAAAAAAAUCUUGUGACACAGGGUAUGAAUUCUAAAUAUUAUUGAAAUAAACAUUAACAAAGUGACACAAAUUUUGCUGUGUAAAAUUCUUUGUGACACUUCUAAUAAUGGUGUAAUUCUGAAGUGACAGUCAUACAGUGAUAUUAUGAUAACAAUUAUGAUAAAAUAUUUGUGAAUUAACUUUGUAUAAAAAUACAGAUAUAAAAUUUGCAUAAUGAUAGCUGUUUCUUCAAACCAUUGGAUUUAUGAGGGAAAAAAGUUGAAAAACAAGUGUUUGAAAAGAAAGGAAAAUGAUAUAAUAAUUCUUUUUUUGAUACACAUCAUCUAGUGAAAAUCUUAGUUAAUAUUCUAUUAUCUGUUGUUGAACUGCAGAUUUAUUAUACAGUCAACCGCACUUAUUGUAGCAAUAUCUCUUAUAAUGAUGUACAGUUUAUAAGGAUGAUGUUGUUGUGGUGCCGACUCUUGUUUUCAAACUGGUUGUCUCUGGUAUAUAACGAUAUCUGGAUAUAACAAUUUAAAUUUGACAGUCCCCUGAAUAUGGUUAUAUACAGAGUUUACUGUAAAAUCAAAUUCAAAAGCUGGCUAUCGUUUAUCCAAUGUCGCAAAAGUAGUAAAGAAAAACGAACUAAAA